AUGUUAGGAUUAAAACAUCCUUGGGAAGCCCAUGGUCAUCAUCAUGGUCAUCAUUUACCAAUAAAAGACUCAAUUUUAUUGAAUGAAGAAAAGAAAAAUAGUUCACCUAUGGAUCUUGACAAGUCAUUUCUAGUAACCAAUGAUUCCUUAUCCAGAGAUGAUUAUGUUUCUCUAUCCCAAGAUGUCUUUGAUUCAACUUUCCAAAAUGCAUCAAAUGUUUACCCCCAAGAUAUUUUAGAUCACUCAUCUGUUAAUACUAUAGAUCAAACUAAUAUGGCAGAACUUA